AAUGUUGUAUUCCAAAACGGGGAAUUCCCUUCAUGCAACAGGUUGCCCAGGUUGCUGACGUGGGAGGAGAGUGCUCAGGUGAAAGUUUUGGAGAAGUCUCAUAGAACAAAAGACAUGGCUGUGCAAGGUGCUGCUCUUCAUGACAUGGUCAAGCCCCUGGGGUGGUUGCUGGGGAAGUGGAGAUCGGAAGAGGGCCAGGGCAAAUACCCAACUUUGAAAGACUUCAAGUAUGGAGAGGAGGUUGAGUUUUCUCAUGUUGGACAACCAAACUUACAGUUCAGCGCCUACUCUUGGCAUUUAGAAAAUAAGAUGCCCCUCCACAGAGAAGUUGGAUUUGUUCGCAUCAAGCCUGGGACAAACCAAGUGGCUUUUGUACUUGCUCAAAACAUAGGACUGAGUGAGAUCGAAGAAGGGGAGGUAACUGGGGAGUCACUAAAGACGACAUCACAUACUGUGGGAAGACUGACGUUUGGAAAGCCGCCCCAGACAAAACAGAUAAUGAGAGAAUUCCGAAGAUCUGGUGACAUCCUUGAACAAGUUGUCUCCAUGAAGACAGAGAACACAGACAUGACAGAGCACCUGCGUAUAAAGUACAAGAAGAUUUAAUUACACUUUUGUUCACGCACUGGUUUUUUCAUUAGUUUAUGUUUGUUAUAUACAAUGUAUACAGAACAACCUAUUUCUAUGUACAAAAAAUGGCACUGGUUGCCCAUUUUAUGUAUUUUUUUAUCUUUUCAUGUUUUUUCAGUUUAGACGGGUCUUUUUACUUAAUAAAUUACUAUCAACUAA